AUGAAUCAUCUACCCGCUGCUUCACUCUUGGAUAUAUUUGGCGAAAUCGAUUAUUCUUUACCCAAUCCUCAUGGUUCUUCAUCUCAAAAUUUGCAUCGGAUUUUACCUGGCACAUCAGCAUUUGAUACAUCUCAACAACCUCAUUCUCCACAAAAUUUAUAUUGGCGUUAUUAUUCUAUUGAUUUACUUCAUAAUAAUCUUAAUAUGAUGCCAUCAUUUACAAAUAACGAUACAACAUUUAUUAAUGCAAAUCUUUCAACAAAUAUUUCCUUAAACUCCCGAGAGAAAUUAUCUUCAGAUGAUGAAGCACCUGAUCAUCUUCUUUAUCUUAUUAUUCCACUGUAUUCACUUGUUUUUGUUACUGGAACCAUUGGUAAUAUUUUAGUUAUAUUAACUGUUGUCACAGUUAAACAAAUGCGUAGUACAACAAAUGCACUUAUUUUACAUCUUGCUAUUGCAAAUUUAUCAUUUAUACUUAUGUGUAUACCACAUACAAUAUAUGUAUAUGUUGUUCAUUCAUAUGAUUUUCCAAGGCUUUUAUGUAAACUAGCCAAUACAUUAAUGUAUUUAAGUGCAUAUGUUAGUAUAUAUAUUCUUGUUUUAAUGUCAAUUGAUCGAUUUCUCGGUGUUGUUUUCGCUGUUAAAUCAACGAAAUAUCGCACUGAACGUAAUGCACAUUUGGCAGUUGUAGUCGUUUGGCUAGUUGGGAUUAUAUUUGCUUCGCCUAAUAUGAUCUAUUAUGAUGUAUUACUUGUUGAUUCAACAGGCGACGUUUGGGUAUGUUUAUUUCGUGGUGAUAGUCCAUUUUUAAAUACGGCCAGACGUCUAACAGCUUAUUGUUUUGUUUUAUUUGGUUUAAUUAUUCCCUUAAUAAUCAUUGCUAUUCUUUAUGGUCUUAUUAUAAAAGUUUUACGUCAAAAUUCAAAUGGUAAACAAGUAGCAAAAGGUAAAAAACGUGUAACAAAAAUGAUUUCAGCUGUUAUAUCAUCAUUUGUUAUAUGUUGGACACCAAUGCAAAUAUAUUUAUUAUAUACACAUCAUAAUCAAGUAACAGUAUUAUUUGCUAUUGUUUCUCAAAGUCUUGUCUAUAUAUCAGCAUGUGUUAAUCCAAUAUUAUAUGCUUUUUUAUCUGAACCAUUUCGUAAAACAUUUCAACAAUUUUUAACAUGUUCAAAAUUAAUAUCAAAUCAUUUUUUUUCACAUCAUGAAACUGAAACACAUACAACACUUACAGGUUCAUCCUAUCGUGUUAUACAAAGUCAAUCAAUAACAAAAACUUCACCAUUGAUGUUAAAUAAGGAUGUUAAAACAAAAAAAAAACUAAUAAAUAAUCAUCAUUAUAAAAUGAAUGAUUUAAAUCCUCAAACAAUAACACCAACAAAAACAUCUGAACCUAUUAAAUAUAAUCGAUUAUCAAAUACAAAUACUUCUACGUAG